UCUCUCUGUCUGCUUCUGCCCAGCUCUUUCUGUUGCUUCCAUUUAAUGCUCUGACACUUUGAGGACUGUGUUCUCGAGCAAAUGCACGGUGACCUCUUGACGGAGCUUCGCUUUAAAUGGACAGGGGACUGUUGUUCUUUUCAUCCCACAAAAGCCUCUUUUUUUAGCACGCUCAUGAAUUGUGACUUGUUCAGGCCUCUCGGCCACUGUUUGCUGUCUUAUUUUUAAAUGCCUAUUUUUGUGUUACUUGCUCAGUAGGGCUUUAACUCAGUGGCAGAACCCUUGCCUUGCAUGGAGAAAGGUCCCAGGUUGAGCUCUCAGAGACCCUCUGCCAGUCAGUGCAAGCAAUAUAGAGCUGGGUGUUCUCUGUAUAAGGGAUGUUCCCCGUGUUCCUUGGAGGGAAAGACCUGUAGCUCAGUGAGAGAGCAUGCAGGAGAUCCCAGAUUCAAUCCCCGACACCUUCAGCUAUCACUCUGAAUGUCCCCUGCUGGAAACCCUGGAGAGAUGCUGCCAGUCAGUGUGGACAAUACUGAGUGAGGUGGACCAAUGGUCUGAGUCAGGAUAAGGCAGUUUCCUAUGUUAUGAAUAUUGAUGCAAAAUAGAACUGCCCCAGCUUUCAGUCUGUUCAAUUCAAAAUGUAGGUGCUUAUCUUUGAACCUGAAACCCAGAGACCUGCCAUUAGGGCUGUGUUGGGGAAUUGCAAUUCUGUGGAUUGAAAUGCACAAAUCCGCAGAUCCUGGAAGGAAUCGUUCUUCAGGUUUUGCACUUGUUUGCACUUUCCGAUACAGUUCUUGGUGGGAGAGCAUGCACACAAAAAGUGAGAAAAAUAAAUAGGCAACGUUUUAAAGAAAAGGAGAAAAAUGGGCUGAGUUCUGUUGGCCAAUCCCCUUUAAAUCAUGCAGGAUUAUUCAUUGACUGCUAAUGUCCAGAUUCAGGGGUGGAAUGAGCCUGGAGAACCUGGUUGUUGGGGCACUGGCAUGAUCAGGUAAGGACUUUGGGGCAGAUGUCCAGAGUCCAGCGCAAUGAGUAGGAAGGCCACCAAAUUAAUUGGUUCUGGUUUACCACUUUUUGGAGUAAGUUAAAAAAAACAAACACAUUACCAUAUAAGUCAGGGGCAUGAAACCAUGCAGUCCAAAGGUUAGAAUCAUAAAGUGAAGGGGGAAGGGGAGAGAGAGAGGAGAGAAAGAGAGUCAAAAGUGGUUGAACCAGGCAUCUCCUAGGGCUAGGCAGAUGUAGGGCAAAGCAGGUUUUUUUAUUUAUUUAUUUCUUAUUUAUUUAUUUAAUGAGAUUUAUAUCACGCCUGAUUGUAAAACCAACCAACCAACCAACCAACCUCAAAGCAGUUUACAAAAAAGAAUAGAACAAUAUUAUUAAUUGAAACAAUUAGAACAUUCAAAACCAGCAAUAAACUAAAAACACAUCAGGAUUGUAAAUAUCCAUAUAGGCUUGUUGAAACCAAAAAGUUUUUAGCAGGCAUCCAAAAAAAAAAAAAAGCGAAGGCUCCUGCCUGAUAUCAAUUGGCAGUGAGUUCCAAAGUGCUGCUAAGGUAAAAGAUGGGUUUCUUAUAAGCACAAAGUGACUUUUGAACUCCUGUCCCUUCCCAGGGAUUUUGUGCAGUGGUGUCCAUUGGGAGGGUGGAAGACCAACAGCAGGUGGAGCCAGAGCCAAGGAGAAGUGAAGCCAACUGUCCCCCAUCCUCCUCGCCUGCUGAGUUCUGCAGGAGGCAAUCUUAGAAGUUGACAGGCAGGAUCCCAUCCCUGGACUUGCUGAAAGUAAGAAGGCAGGCAGCAGUUGGUGGGGCAGAACCUUGUUCACCCACGUAGUCCAGCCUCCAUGCAAUGAUUUCCUCACCAUUGGCAAUGGCGGAAGAGAUAUUCACUAUUGCCAGCUCCUGGGUUGCUUUGGUUUCCUUCUUGAUUUGAAGGCAGGUUUAGCGGAAGAUAUAGGUACUUUAUAGAAUUGUAGAGUUGGGAGGGACCCCAAGGGUCAACAAGUCCAACCCCCUGCAGUGCAGGAAUCUUUUGCCCAACAUGGGACUCGAACCCAUGGCCCUGAGCUUAAGAGUCCCGUGCUCUACCAGCUAUCUGCUUAAUUUCUUUCUCUGCAUCUAAGGUCUAAUGCUACAUUUGGCCCUUGCAACUCAGAAACCAUGGGUUGAGUUACCUAAAUGCAUCACCAUUUGUAAGGCACUCACAUGAUGAUUUGAUUGAACAGUAUACAAAUCUUGCUUGUGUUUGGGUAUCGCUUGCCGGCUUCCCACAGGCAAUUGGUUUGCUAUUGUGAAAACAGGAUGCUGGACUAGAUUGGACCACUGGCCUGAUCCAGCAGGGGUGUUCUUAUGUGCUUACACUAAAUAAGAAUAAGGAAUUAUUAUUAUUAUUAUUAUUAUUAUUAUUAUUAUUAUUAUUAUUAUUGACAGGGGGAAGCAAGCAGCAAUGGGAACUCUCACUUCAUUUAGAGAGAAAAAAUAGAAACUGCUUAAUUGAUCGAAUGAACCAACUUCUAAGUGGUUGACACAAACCAAUUAUUAAUAAUGCACAAAUGCACAAAUAAUACACAAAUAUUUAAAACAAGCUUAAAGAGCUAAAUUAUAACACUUUCCUUUGUGCCCUCUUAUGGGAACCCCAGAGGCAUUUGGCUGGUCAUUGUUGGAAACUGGAUUAGAAGGGCAUUUUGUCUCAUUUAGCUGCAAUUUUAUAAGUGCAAGAGGUCCCCCCCCCCUUGUUUUCCCCCCUCCACACCAUUCAUGAUAUUAAUAGAGAUUUUUACAACUUGACAAUUGGGCGAAGAGGAAGAAUGACUUACAAGGCAUGUUGGAGAAUUCUGAAGAAAACGGGAAAGGGAAGUGGAAAUUCUUGAUGUUGGCUUCUUUGUUCUAUGACCAGAGCAGAAACCAGUGCAGGGAAUAUGAACAGUGUUUUCUGUGGUGUUGCUUUUAGUCUGCAAAUGGUACAGAGUUGAUUGUGUUCCCCAACCCGACCCCAGAUCUGCAUUGUGCUUCCUUUGCAUUGUGUUGAAAGGGGUGCAAUAACAUAAAGACAAUGUAACUUGCACAAAUCGAGCCAUUUUGCCACAGUGGACAGCGAGAUUAAGAAUGCAGGGUUUUGGCCUAAGACGAACUGCAGUGGAAUGGAAACAGUGCUGCAUGCAACGAGUACAUGGUGGAAUGGAAACAAAGCCUUCUUACAUGCCUGCUUAGGAGGCUACAUGCAAGUCCUAGCAAUGGUCAUUUGGGUGAUCCCAUUCACACAUGCAAGCUAUUUCGCAAUGCAGUGGCUAACCUGCAUGUGCAAAGCUAGUCUUGGCUUAGGCAGAAAAACAUUUGUUUUGAUCCAGCAAAGCCUUUGAGGCUGUAGUAUACAUGUGUGAGCACAGGCCCACCUAGCUGUUGGCUGCAAUGGCUUUCACACCCCCUACUUAAUCCCACUUGCACAAAUGCUCUGCUUGUGCAUGAAAGUGUAGACAGGUUUUAGGAUCUGAAGCAGUGACUUGCCCCAGGCAGCUUGUAAGAAUUGGCUUCUUAGAGUACACCGAGGGUAGCCCUCCAGAUUCUGCUGGAGACCUCAACUCCCAUCACUCCCAGCCAACAUGGCCAGGGGUGAUGGGAACUGGAGUCCAGCUGUCAAGGGGACACCCUACAGAGAGCCGCCCCAUGUCAUCCUGACAAGCUCUUCACCCAGCGUCAGUACGAGCAGCGAGUCAGGAGAAAUGAAUGAGGAAGUGAGCAGGGAGGAGAGAGGGCUCUGCCAGGUAUCGGAGCCCCAGCGCUGCUAUGAGAGAGGGCCAGGGGAGGAGGAGUCUGGAGAGAUGUCGGACAUAGGGCCGCCAGAAAGGAAGCCGUUCCCUCCGACGCCUGAAUUGAGGCAUGCGCCCACCUGUAGGGCCAGGGGGCAGUGCUUUUAUGCUGGGCGUGAACCCGGAAGAAGCCAUUGCGGGGUUCUGACACGGACUAGGCAGUCAUGUUUGCUGAUAUCUUUGCACUGUAAAUAAUAUGCACAAGAAAACUCUGAAAGGCAAGACGGAGUGGAGCGUCUUUACUCAAGAGUAGCUGCAGACAGCUCUGACACCAGCAAUAUCUGGAGGGGCCCACAUUGGCUACCUCUGGAUUAGACCAUCAGUCCCACUCCGCUGACUGGCAGUGGCCCUUCAAGAUUUCAGGAGGGGUCUCUUCUCUCCCUCCCCCUGGAGAUGCCACGGAGUGAACUGGGGACAUUUUGCAUGCAAAGCACGUCCUCUGCCUCUAAAAGAGAUACCUAGAUAUUUGCAUCUAGGACUGUAAGGUACAUUGCAUCUGAAUGAGGAGGUUCUACUGAGCAAGACGUUUUGCUGCCACUGGGCUGGAAGCUGAAUGUUUCUGGCAAGAGGAGGACAUUUUCCACCACACCUGAAGCAAAAUGCUAGUUUGUGGGGGACAGGGAGGGACAGACCAACCACGUGGCAUUCACACCUCUGUUUUCCUACAGAGGAACAACUUGGGGUGGGGGCACUCAGGAAGAACAGCUAGGGGGGCUGUCAGCCAUGCUCCUCAGCAUCUUCUGCUUAAGGCAGGUUGCUUCACUUUGGCUAACGGUAGGGGAGGCCCUGGUUAUCAUGAUCUAUCCCACCCGGGGCUGAUCUAAUCACUCCCAGUCCCAGCCCCACGGAGUUAUAAACCAGUCGUUCUGCAAAUCGCCCUUCUGAGUUGCUGCAAGGGUCAGGGCACUUCGCACAUGGGGCUGUUACGGGAAUGACUGUGGGUGUUCCCUGGUGAGAGCAGGGAGGUCCCGGGGUGGGGAGAGCUAACCUUUCCCUCCUUUUUAGUCUGAGCUUCAUUUGGGAGCGAGAGCAGCAGAAGCGAGAGCAAUACAACUCCCUAUAAAUACAUACUUGGCAUAAUUAGUAGGUAGAAGUGGUUCUCUCUGGAAUUUCUGUAUUUCAGACAGAAAGGUCUGUGUUCUCAAGCUAGAAGAUCGGCAUCAUGGAUGGAAAAAUGGUUCUGCAGCAAACUAAAGACAGCCCCCCAUUCUUGGACAAAAGCCAUGGGUCGCACCUGGUGAAGAGAGCAUGUCUUCCUGUUUCAAAGCUAAAGAUAUUCCUCGGGGCACUGUCGUUUUCCUUCUUCUCCAAAGCAUUUACAGGAAGCUACAUGAAGAGUGUGAUGACUCAGAUUGAGAGGAGAUUUGAAAUCCCAUCGUUUGUGGUCGGACUGAUCGAUGGAAGCUUUGAGAUAGGAAACUUAUUGGUGCUGAUCUUGGUGAGUUACCUGGGGCCGAAAGUUCACCGUCCAAAGGUGAUUGCGGUUGGGUGCCUCAUCAUGUCCCUGGGAUCGUUUGUGUCAAUUGUGCCUCACUUCAUAAUGGGCCGUUACAAUUACAAGAGCAUUGCGGUUUCUGUGACCAAUUCUUCUGCCAGUGUGUCGGCUUGCACAGCAGCCAUUCCUCCCCACCAUGCAAUAGACGACUUGGAACGUUUUCAAAAUGCGAGUGCUCUUGGCUGUGAAAAAUCAACAAACUCCUACCUGUGGCUGUUUGUCCUUGCUGGGAAUAUUCUUCGUGGAAUCGGUGAAGCACCCGUGAUGCCCCUGGGGCUGUCUUACAUCGAUGAUUUUGCCACGGAACAAAACUCGGCCUUUUACAUAGGAAUAGUGAGAGCGUUGGGAAUGUUUGGCCCCUCAGCUGGCUUUCUGCUUGGAUCCUACUGUGCUAAUCUGUGGGUUGACAUUGGACUGGUAGAUACUGAUACAUUGACAAUAAAUUCUAAGGAUGUGCGUUGGGUUGGCGCCUGGUGGCUUGGAAUACUGUUAUGUGGAGCCAUCAGCUUUGUGGCCUCCUUCCCUUUCUGGUUCCUGCCUUACUCUUUGCCAAAACAAGGAGAAGAAAGGAUAAUUAAGAAGUCGGGUGAUGUUUACGGAAACUCCAAGGAUAGCUGUGGCAAAAUGGAAUCUCCAAAACCACCACGGCUGAAGAUCUCCAAAGCAACGAAAGAUUUCUUCCCCACUUUGAAGAAGCUACUUGGAAACACCAUCUUCCUGGUCUAUUUACUCCUCAUUGUCCUUCUCUACAAUUCUGUUGUUGGCAUGAUAACAUAUGAGCCAAAGUUUAUGGAACAGCAAUUUAGCAUACCUGUUUCAAACGCCAUCUUUUAUAUUGGUGUGUUGCUUUUACCUGCUACAAUUGUGGGACUGUUCCUCGGAGGUUUUAUCAUCAAGAAGUUCAAGAUGCAAGUGACAACUAUGGCAAAGUUUGCCUGUGUCACCUUUCUGAUUACCUUCCUACUUAAUCUGCUUUACUUUGCAUUCAACUGCAAUGACCUCCAGGUAGCUGGCUUGAACAUCAAUUACUCUGGCAUCAAAGAACCAUCCUUCUCUAAGGAAGUAUCGUUAGCUGCCUGCAACUCUGACUGCAGCUGUGAUGCAAGCCAUUGGGAUCCUGUUUGUGGAAGCAACGGCGUCACCUACAUGAGCGCGUGUUUAGCUGGCUGCAAAGCAUCCGUGGGAAGUGGAAAAGAUAUGGUAUUUCACAACUGCAGCUGUGUGGGAGUUUCAGGUCCUGGAAAUCUAUCUGCAGUUUUGGGUCAAUGCCCAAGGGAUAGUUGUACUAAAAACUUCCCUUAUUUCUUAGUUUUGACAUUCUUAUUUGCAUUUGGUUUUUCCUUGGGAGGAACUCCAACAUACAUGAUUAUGUUCAGAUCGGUUUCUCCAGAAUUAAAAUCCCUUGCUGUCGGCUUUGAAGCUUUCUGUGGAAGGACACUUGGCGGACUUCCUGCACCUCUUUAUUUUGGAGCUUUGAUCGACACAACCUGCUUGAAAUGGGGCGUGAAAAGCUGUGGCGAAUCGGGGUCUUGCAGAGCGUACAGUACAGAGAUGUUCAGGAACGUCUAUGUGGGAUUCCUUCUCUCGAUAAGAGGUGCAACCUUCCUCCUGUACAUCGUCCUCUGCGUUUUAAUUGCAAAGCGAUUCAGACAAGGCGGGGAAGAGGCAACGGCAACCCCAAACUGCGAGCUGUCUGCCGCCAAGUUGCCAGUGCCCGAACUGAACAAAGGAGAGACCUCUUGCGUAGAGGCGUCCGUCAACGGCGACACCCGCUUGUGAGAAAGGAAAGCUGGUUUGGAUCGUUGCACGAGGAAUGGCUGCUGUUUGGGCAAUCCAUAGCAUGAGCAGUUCCUCACCCAGGCCAAAGCCCUAUCCGGCGGUCAGAGCUCGAUACAUACAACCCUGCUCAGAUCAUUGGAAACUGCACCAAUCGCCCGCAGGCAACGACAUCAGUUAUUUGUAGCAGGUCACGUGGCAAGAGCACCAAUCACCUAGAAGAGGGGCGGGAGCAAGAGAGAACUGAAUGGCUGGUGCUCUUGCCGAUCAUCCACCCAAGACUGCGAUGCAGCUGCUUGCCUGUGCUUUGUAACGUCAGGAAACCUUAAGUGCGGCACCUGUUUACAUGUGAAGUUCCUCAUGCAGCAGAGCACUAUGGAAGCUGGAAAGGAGGCUGCGAGUUUUAAAAUACAGAAGAGAGACUAAUAUAAAACAUUUGCUUAUGAACAAAGGGAGCUCGCUUGUACCAUGUGGGACCACUGGUCCAUCUGGCUCAGUACUGUCUGCGCUGACUGCCAGCAGCUCUCCAGGGUUUCAAGGCAGGCGAUGUUCCCAGCCCUACGUGGAGGUGCCGGGAAUUGAACGUGGAACAUUCUUCAUGCUCCGCCACUGAGAUACCGCCCUUCCUUGUACAGUCCUCAGCAGAGUUGGAGUGUAACGCCCCCUCCCCCCAAACCUAUAUAGGGAAAGCUAUAUUUAUCUUGUUAAGCUAAAAAAGCUGGUGGGUAGGAUUGCGUGACCCUGUAUUUGGGGGGAAUUUUCCUCCCUACUCACAAGUGCUCAUUGAAAGUCCACAAACCAGUUCCCUGUUAUCUCCGAGCAACCUCUGCAUGCGUGGGGUUCCUCUUUUUAACUUUGCCACUGGGGCGAAAACUCCUUGCACUACCUGUUGCCGUUUAUAGCAUGGAUUAUCUGUGCAAAUCGGUCUCUUGGCUUGACUCUCCAACCGCAGAAGUUUGAUGCUUUUCUUUUCUUUUCGCUUUUUGGAAGGGAAGCAAUUUCCUGCCACAUUCAAAGCAUUCUCCAGAGAUCAAGCAGCCGUCAUUCAGCCUCAUUACAAUGAUGGGAAAUGGGGCUUCGUAAGCCGUAUUAUAGUGACCCACUGGAAAAGCAGCUGCUUCUGUCAAGAAACACCUCCUUUUCCUGGCAAAUUACCACCAUGUGCUAAAAGCUCUGCAAAUAGACCAGCUUCCAAAAACAAGAAGGUCUAUCAUACAGAUAGAUGCUUUUUACUUCUUGUUAUGGGGCCGGGGUGGGGGGCAGGAAGCCCUCUUCCCUUUGCGAAAACAGUGAGCCAGAUAAUGACAGGAACACCCCCUUGAAGCCACAAGAGAGAAUGUCUCUUAGCUUUAACGGAGAGUGGGUUUUGCUCACAUGGCAAAUGCUUAGAAAUGGGUUUCAAGUAUUAUCUCUCAUGCAGUUACUCGGUUUGGGGUGGCGUGGGGUGGGGGGGUAGGUGUUACAAACUCCCGGUUCCAAUGUGUUUUUCUUUUUAAAUACCAUUGCCUCCUUCAAGGUGGGAGGCACCAUUCUGUCCUGCAAGGAUUACUACAUUGGACCCACCUGGUCAAUUCCACACACACCCAACCCUACCCAGCUAGGUCAGGCAUCCCCAACCUUCGGCCCACCAGAUGUUUUGGACUACAAUUCCCAUUUUCCCUGAUCACUGGUCCUGCUAGCUAGGGAUCAUGGGAGUUGUAGGCCAAAACAUCUGGAGGGCUGCAGUUUGGGGAUGCCUGAGCUAGAUCAUGCCAGCCACAAAGGUGUUAGAGCUGAUUCAGUGUUUAUCCUCUCUGUGGAGGUUUCAUAGUGAAGUGCAGGAGUGCUAACUUGCCCUCAGAGUUGUGUGUGCCCACCACCGUAAUGUGGACAUGUGGCGUCACAUACACAUGCCUCUGCCUUCAUGUCUGAGCCCCUCCCUGGAAAAGGGUGCCUCGCUCUCUCUUGGAGGCAGCCCUGCUGCCACUGGGCAGCUUUUCUCAUUGACUUUGUGGGUGUCCGGCCCCCACAAUUAUAUUAUUGUGGCUGCCGAAGCACCCAUGGCUCCUAGAGUUGGCUCCUAUGGUGCAGUGUCCACAUAGAGCCAAAAUACUUUGAAAACGGGUUAUUGUGUGGAUACCUUCGAGUCCAGGUCUCCACCUCCUUUCGAUCCUGCAACUUCUCCACGUGCAUAAUCACCGCCUCAAUCGCUGAUCUCUCUACCUGGCCCGUUUCUGUUUAUAAUACCAACGGCCGUUCUGUUCUUAUGCAACCGUGUCACAGUUGACAGCCACUGGCCUAGUUACGCUAACGUCAGAGAGAGACGCUGGACAAAAUUGCGUCUGAUCACUGAAUUAUAUGUCAAGCAUGGGGUAUGGAUUUCCAUGUGCAUGAUUAACCGUUGUUGGAGAUAGAAACUGCUGAGAUGCUAGACCUAGGUCCUGUGUUUUUUAUAUAAUGUUUUGGCAGAGUUGGAAAAUCUGUGGACCUUCAAAUGUGGUUGGACACACACACACACACACACACACACACACACACACACGAUACUACUUAGUUAGCCCAAGUCAUCACUACUAAAAUGAGCUUCCAACCUUCAAACAGAAGACCUCCCUGGGAUAGCUCAGUCGGUAGAACAUGAGACUUUUAAUCUCAGGGUCAUGGGUUUAAGUCCUGAAUUGGGGCGAAAGAUUCCUGUGUUGCAAGAGAUCAGACUAGAUGACUCUUGCCAUCCCUCCCAGCUCUACAAUUCUAUGGUUCUGGGGCAUGACUGCGUCCUUUUUCAAGGCUAUGCAGAGCUGCCUUAUACGGAGUCACACCAAUGGUUCUUCUAGCACAGAUAGCAGGGGUGGCAAAGACCACCUGAGUGAGAUCCUUAUAGCUAAAGGGAACAGGCGUUCAGCCUGGGACCUUGCGUAUGCAAAACACAUAACUCCUGGGCUUUGUCCCCUCCAUCAAGGAGAGACAGGAGGUUGCUAGAGUAAUGAGCAGGCUUCCCUUGACUCAUCCCACCCAGAAUCAAAGCUAAGGACCUGACUAUGCACCAGAGAGGACAUAGGGAUGUUGCCCAAAAUGGCAGCCCUCAAUUGGAAUUUCCACCACAAUGGGUAUCAACACUUUCCCAUGUUCUGACUUCUUCACUUUCGGCAUGUUGCUGUCCCCACGCAAGCUGUUAUGUGUUCAAUAAACAGGAGUGGGGAGCAGGAUUGCACCCACUGGCAUAAGAACACAAGAAGAGCUUGCUGGAUCAGGCCAAUGGCCCUUCUAAUCCAGCAUCCUGUUCUCGCAGUGGCCAAACAGAUGCCUGUGGGAAUCCCGCAAGCAGGACCCACGCACAAUAGCACUCUUCCCCUUCUGUGAAACCUCCUUCGUUUUGCUCCUGCUAAGCAGAUGCAUUUUAUUAAAGAGCAAAAUACGCACAUGAAUAAAAGCCUUUUGGACAAUGUGGGAAAUGUUGUUUGCAUGGGUUUGUUCCAGAAGAAUGCAUCUUGGGCAUGCCUUUGCACUGAGAACAGAGUAAGCUAAAAGCAGAUGUAAAAAAGAAAGAAAGCUUAUCAUCAGGAUGUUUCUGGGUUGCUUCACCAGAGAACCAAAACAUGGGAGGUUUUUAGUAGGCGGCAGAAAUCUUACUCUCUCUGCUGCGGUGUAAGUGCCUUCUCCUCACUGCUGAACUCUGAUUUCUCUGAUGUCAUCUUCUAUGUCAAAGAGGCUUUCGGCCCUUUUCUAUCAAAGGUGCAAUCUUUUCAGAAUUUCAGUCCUUGCAUUGUUUUGAAUUUGGCUUCCCAUUGUGUGGUGGCCGAAUGUGAGUGUGUGUGUUUCUUUCCACUGAACUUUCUGUCCGGUGCUCUGAGGCCUCCCCAACUGCUCAAGCUUCCUGAGUUGAAAGAGCCCCAUGGGAGGAGUCACCUCACCAUGACAUUAUUUCCUGGGCUUUCAUCAAAGCAUGGGCACCCAGGGAGGCUGCAGAGUGCAGAGCACAAGAAAGAGGCUUUGUAGAAUGAAAGGACACCCACAAACACCUCCCAGCCACAAAAAGGCAGCAAGGCAAAGCAAAAAACAAAAAGGUUGCAUGCCACCCAUGAGACUUACACUGAAAUUUUCUCCUCCCUUUGGUAAUUUCCUAAUGCAUUUUUUUUCUUGUUUAAUUGAUGGGGAACGGUUAGGGAAAAAAUACUGUGAUUUUUACACUUCACCUUUGCUGAAAAGCUAUUGAAAACCAGUGAUUUUGCACUCUAGGAGAAGUCUAGAAAGCCAUAAAACUAGACUAAAGGAAGGUGGGAGAUAUGGCUGGCCAGAAAUGUGAUUUUUUUUUAAAAAAAAAAA